GGGAACUCUCAGAUUUUGACCCCAGCGCCGUGAGCUGUGCUGAGUAGGAGCCAUGCCCACUCCCGCGGACAAGAGGAAGAUUGUGAAGAAGCGCACCAAGAAGUUCACGCGGUUCCAGGCGGAUCGCUUCAAGCGCAUGAACCCCGCCUGGCGCAAGCCCCGCGGCAUCGAUGGCCGCGUGCGACGUCGCUUCAAGGGAUCCACCCUCUGCCCAAAGAUCGGCUACGGCUCCGACAAGAAGACGCGAUUUCGUUUGAAGAACGGCUUCUACAAGUUCGUUGUGCGCUGCCCCGCAGAUUUAGAGAUGCUUCUGAUGCACAACGAGAAAUACGCCAUUGAGGUGGCGCACAACGUGGGCGCCAAGAAGCGCAAGGAGAUCGUGGAGAGGGCCGACCAGCUGCGGCUGUAUGUCACGAACCGCAAUGCACGUCUUCGAACUGAGGAACAAGACUAAUCUGCCAACAUGGCUGGGAUCUCCAGAAAUGGCGUCGAAGACGGUCGAAGGGGCGAAAAAGUCUUCUUUCGGCACAGGGGCUGCACUUGGCGACGUCCCUGAAUUUUGCGUCGAAGCUGCGUAGGAUCGAU